UAAUUCCACCAUUCUCUUCCACAGUACAUUCCACUCCCUGCAACCUCCACAAGCUCAAUAAUUCUUCAUCUCUUCUUUUUUUUCUCUUUUUUCCAAAAAUCCUUAUAGUUAUUGUAAAGCUUAAUUCAUAGAAAAUAGUAAGUAAAAAAGGAGAGGAAACAAAUGGGUUCUCGGGCUGUGUCACACCAGCUAAGCAGUGGCUUGUUGGUAUCUGGGAGACCGGAGCAGCUCAAAGAAAAGCAACCGACAAUGUCGUCAAGGGCAGUGCCGUACACCGGCGGUGACGUUAAAAAAUCUGGGGAUUUGGGCAAAAUGUUUGAUAUCGCAGUGGUUGAUCGUUCAUCAACCGGUGGUGGUCUUUCCAAUUCGAACCCCAACUCUAAGCAACAGUCAUUGUUUUCACAACCUUCACGUUCUUCGUCUUCGUCUCAGCCUAACAGUGGAUCCAUCCGAUCUGGGUCGAAUUCAGGCCCGAUCAGGAAAUCUUCUGGGCCAUUGCCGCUUCAGCCCACUGGACUCAUCACUUCGGGUCCCAGGAGGUCGGGGCAGCUCGGCCAGGCUGAGCAAACGAGUGUUGUGUCGGGGAAAUCGGUGUACGGACCGGCGAUGACGAAUCUCCGGGAAGGGGUGAAGUAUGGGUUUCGGGUGUCUAAAGCUAUGGUUUGGGUAGUGAUGGUGGUGGUAGCUAUGGGGUUGUUGGUUGGAGCGUUUCUUAUGGUGGCUAUUAAAAAGGUGUUGGUCCUUGGAGCUGUCGGUGCGGUGGUGGUGCCAAUGGGGCUGGGAUUAGCUUGGAAUUGCAUUUGGGGAAGGAAAGGCUUGUUGGGGUUCAUUAGGAAAUACCCAGAUGCUGAGCUUAGAGGAGCUGUUGAUGGCCAAUAUGUGAAGGUUACUGGGGUUGUCACCUGUGGCAGCAUUCCUUUGGAGUCAUCUUACCAGAAGGUGGCUAGAUGUGUUUAUGUUUCCACGGAAUUGUACGAGUAUAAAGGGUGGGGCGGGAAAAGUUCGAACCCUGAACAUCGUUGCUUCUCUUGGGGAUGUAGUUAUUCCGAGAAUUACGUUGCUGAUUUCUACAUAUCGGAUUUCCAAUCCGGAUUGAGAGCAUUAGUGAAAGCAGGUUAUGGCGCUAAGGUUGCUCCAUUUGUCGAACCAGCUACAGUAGUUGAUAUAACAAAGGAAAACAAGGACUUAUCUCCGAGCUUUUUAAGCUGGCUAGCAGAGCGCAAGCUGUCGAGCGAUGACCGUAUAAUGCGCCUAAAGGAGGGUUACAUAAAAGAGGGGAGUACCGUCAGUGUAAUGGGAGUCGUCCAGCGCCAUGACAAUGUGCUCAUGAUCGUUCCACCAUCAGAACCGAUCUCAACACGCUGUCAAUGGAUUCGGUGCCUUCUCCCAAUGUACGUCGAAGGUCUUAUUUUGACAUGUGAUGAUAAUCAGAAUGCCGAUGUUGUCCCGGUGUAGAUAGCGAUGCAUUUUCAUACUAUUUUCCGGUAUAGGUCACAAGUAAAAUACUGUUAAGUAUAUAAAAAGGUUGAAUUAUCACACUUGGAGAGUAACCCUAAGGGGUUAAAAAACUAGUUAGUUUUCUUUUAGACAAGGUAAAUUAUAGCCUGUAAAAGUAAUCUUUUUUCUAUAGUUUUUACAUGUUUAAUUUCCUAUUGAUGAUGUGCAAAUGUUGAUAUAAACUACAUGGUGUGUAUGCUACUAUUAUUACAGAGGCAAAGCUUGUUAUCAAGCUGUGUAUAAUAUAUUUGCAGUUAAAUUUA